UGCUAGAGCCAUUAUGAGUGACAACAAAGGAAGUGGACACUCUGCUUUCCUGCUUACUCUCACCUUCUUCACCUCUUGUAAACUCUCCUUACCCUCUAUCUCUGCAGCCCCUACAGGAGAGCCUAUUCCAAAGGUCAUUUGCGAGCCUCUGUCUUUGUCCUCAAGCCCGCAGUUUUAACCGUCCCCAGCUGCCCUGCAAGCCCGCAUCGAUGGCCCAGGCCCAGAUCAUGGACCCCAGCCUGCUCGCUGGGCUGGAAGGUGGUAACCGUGAAAAAGAGGGCGACUCUCCCCUGCGGGGCUUCGGAUGACAUCACAUCCUCCCAACUCGAAAUCUGGCUCCUCCGCUGGCCGAAGGGCGCGACAUCCCCCGUCCGCGUCCCACCCGCUCCAGCGCUCGUCGGCACACGUCGCGCAGCGCAGAGCGCGCCAUGGCCUCCUGGGUGACCUCCCUGCUCCUGCCGCUGGCCCUGCUGCUCCAUGCCGCCGCGGCCGUCGGGCAGAGCGGGUUCCGCAUGUCGCCGGCGAAGGUGGUCGGACAGCCGGGAGGGAAGGUGGAGCUGCAGUGCGAGGUGCUGCUGUCCCCUGCGGCGCCGGGCUGUUCCUGGCUCCUCCAGAAGAACGAACCUGCCGCCCGCCCCGUCUUCCUCCUGUACAUCUCCAAUAUCCGGAGCAAGGCGGCCGACGGACUGGACCCCAAAGAGAUUUCGGGCAAGAAGAUCAGGGCGACCGUCUACAGCCUCACCCUGCACCACUUCCGCAAGGAGGACGAAGGCUACUAUUUCUGCUCUGUCCUGAGCAACUCCGUGCUGUACUUCAGCCCCUUCGUGCCGGUCUUCCUGCCAGUCAAGCCUACCCCUACGCCCGCGCCGCGACCACCCACGAGGGCGCCCACCAACACGUCGCAGCAGGGGUCUCAGCGCCCCGGCAUCUGCCGGCCGGCGGCUGGCAAGCCAGUGGAAAAAAGUGUGCUUGCCUUUGCCUGUGAAAUCUACAUCUGGGCACCGCUGGCUGGAACCUGCGCGGUCCUUCUACUGUCACUGGUCAUCACCGUCAUCUGCAACCAUAGGAACAGAAGACGGGUUUGCAAAUGUCCCAGGCCAAUGCCCAGACCAGGAGGCAAGCCCAGCCCUUCAGAGAAAUACGUCUAACAUGGAGAUGGGCCCUGUGCGACAGCCACUACAAGACCGAACAGAAUUCUCUCUAUGAGAACAGCAACAGUCCUUCCUUCCUUAUAUAUCCAUUCUCAUUAUUAUUUUUGUGGGGGUGGGGUGGGAAGGGUGACUUCUUCAUGUGUUUUCCUUAGUUGACACAAAACAAGACUGUACGUCUACAGUACACCACAAGGGCUCUGAUACCAUUGUGUGCUCGCACUGGGGUGAAGGGUGGGCAGGCCAGAGCUACCACAAGCCGUGUUCUCAGAAUCUGGUGGUUUGAGCUGGGUGUGUGUGGGGGGGGAUUUGCUUAGCAAGAUGCGGUCCAAACCUCUUUCAUUGACAUUCAGGGAUGGGGAGCAGCUUGAGCAGAGUCACAGCAAGUCUCAGGGCUCGUUCUCCAGCCAUUCAGGUCUUUCUUCUGGAGAUUUCUGUAUCAGUGUGGGGGUGCUGUGUCUCAAACCCUAGGAGCACAGGUGAUUUCUUGAGCAGCAGCCCUAGGCCCACAACUGCACCCACAGCCCUAAGGGGGUUCUAGGAGAACUUUUGCCUUUCACAGAGUUCUCUAAGGUGGUUGAAUCCUAUCAGACUUUUUUU